UCACAUCUAAGAAAUCAACCUCCAAGAGGAAAGGGAUUUCAUAACACCUCCAGAGUAUCUCCUAGAAUCGAAAAUCACCUCCUCAGAGGCCUGGCAGAGCUACUGGGAUACAGGAACUAAUCAAAACAUGUCAGCCGAAAAAAAGAAAUCUGAAUCCGGUUCCACUCCAGCUCCGCCGUCUUUGCCUGCACCUCUCAGUGAUCUGAAGAUUAAGUAUACCAAGAUAUUUAUAAACAAUGAAUGGCAUGAUUCAACUAGUGGCAAAAAAUUCCCAGUCAUUAACCCUGCAACUGGAGAGAAAAUUUGUGAGGUGGAAGAAGGAGAUAAGGUGGAUGUUGACAAAGCUGUUAAGGCAGCAAGAAAAGCUUUUGAGUUUGGGUCCCGCUGGCGAACCAUGGAUGCCUCUGAAAGAGGAAGGCUGUUAAGCAAACUGGCUGAUUUAAUCGAAAGGGACCGACUUCUCUUAGCUACAAUGGAGAGCAUUAAUGGGGGAAAACUUUUUGCCAACUCCUACCUAAUGGACCUGGGUGCUUGCAUCAACACUCUCCGCUAUUGUGCAGGCUGGGCUGACAAAAUCCAAGGACGUACCAUCCCGAUGGAUGGAAACUAUUUCACAUUUACAAGACAUGAGCCUGUUGGAGUAUGUGGCCAAAUUAUUCCUUGGAACUUCCCCCUGGUUAUGUUCAUUUGGAAGAUUGCCCCUGCUUUGUGUUGCGGGAACACAGUGGUUGUCAAACCAGCAGAGCAAACUCCACUCACUGCUCUUCAUAUGGGCUCUUUAAUUAUAGAGGCAGGAAUUCCACCUGGAGUGGUGAAUAUUGUGCCAGGGUAUGGGCCAACUGCUGGAGCAGCCAUCUCCAGUCACAUGGAUAUAGAUAAAGUGGCAUUCACCGGCUCUACUGAGGUUGGCAAGAUGAUCAAAGAAGCUGCUGGAAGGAGCAACCUGAAGAGAGUCACCCUGGAACUUGGAGGGAAAAGCCCCAAUAUAAUAUUUGCAGAUGCCGAUUUGGACAGUGCUGUGGAGUAUGCACACAUCGGCCUGUUCUACCAUCAAGGGCAAUGCUGUAUAGCUGGGUCUAGGAUUUUUGUGGAAGAGUCGAUAUAUGAUGAGUUUGUCCGCAGGAGCGUUGCAAGAGCUAAGGAAAAUGUCCUUGGGAAUCCUCUUACUCUUGGAGUCAGUCAGGGUCCUCAGAUUGAUAAGGAGCAGUAUGAUAGAAUCCUCAAGCUGAUUGAGAGUGGGAAAAAAGAAGGAGCCAAGCUGGAAUGUGGAGGAGGCCCUUGGGGAGACAAAGGCUUCUUCAUCCAGCCGACCGUUUUCUCUGAUGUUACUGAUGACAUGCGCAUUGCCAAAGAAGAGAUAUUUGGGCCAGUCCAGCAAAUCAUGAAAUUCAAAACUAUAGAUGAGGUUAUCAAAAGAGCAAACAAUACUCACUAUGGUUUAUCAGCUGCAGUGUUCACCAAAGAUAUCGAUAAAGCUCUGACGUUUGCUGCCGCUCUUCAGGCUGGAACUGUAUGGGUUAAUUGCUAUAGUGUAAUAUCUUCUCAAUGCCCUUUUGGAGGAUUCAAAAUGUCAGGGAAUGGCCGAGAGCUGGGAGAAUAUGGUCUUCAUGAGUAUACAGAAGUUAAGACGGUCACAAUCAAAAUUCCACAGAAGAAUUCAUAAGGUCACCUCAGCAGACAGUUCGUGAAGUUGUCAAGUUCUAAUCAGAAUGGCAAAGACCAGCUACAUUGUGAAAUGUUUUGUAGCAGACAUUUUCAUUUAAUUUGUGUUUCUAUCUGUAAAAACAAAUGCUUUUAGUGACUGUAAAAGGUAAUUUCAAAAAUCUUAAAUCUGGUUAACUGAAAAAGGGAAAUCUUAAUAUCUAAAACACGAUUAACACAGUCUAGAAUCUUCUUUGGGGGGAAGGUGAUUUUCCUAUUUGAUUAUAUCUGUAGUGUUGUGGAAAAUAAAUAUUUACAUCAUU